ACUGAGAAACAGACAAAAUGUCAAUCGCCUUGUUUUUGUCUUUUAAGGCUGGACUGCUUGUCAAAGACGGUGCGCUCGGAGGGCUAUUUUGGAUGCUACAGAGGUGCUGCGGUGAACCUCACCUUGGUCACACCAGAGAAAGCCAUCAAGCUGGCUGCCAAUGACGUCUUCAGGCAGAAGCUUUCUAGAGAUGGGCAUCUGCCCCUGUGGGGGGAGGUACUGGCAGGCUGUGGGGCUGGGACCUGUCAGGUGGUCGUCACCACUCCCAUGGAGAUGCUUAAGAUCCAGCUGCAGGAUGCAGGAAGGCUUGCUGCCCAGAGACCUGUCCCAACUCCAGCUCAGGCUGCUGCUCCUGGUCCAGCACCAACAUUGGUCGCCCCCCCGCCAGCGCGGCAGAGCCCUCCACCUCGGGCCUCGGCCAUGGGCAUCACUGCGGAGCUGCUAAAGACUAAAGGACUGGCAGGACUCUACAGGGGGGCAGGAGCCACCUUAAUGAGGUAUACAGAUAUGUAAACAUACACUACCAGA